AUGAUCCAGCCGAUAGCUUUCUUCAGCCGAGUCUUGAAUAAAGCCGAGAGAAAUUACUGGCCAACUGAGCUCGAGGUAUCCUGCCUAGUCUGGGUACUCCGCAAAGCAAGACAUAUGAUCGAAGCCGCGGAAUCACUGCCAGCCAUCGUUUAUACAGACCACAGCAGUACGGUAAACAUUGCAACAAGUUCAAAUCUUCGCUCGGCAAGCUCGGAAAACCUCAAUCUCCGCCUUAUUCGAGCCUCCCAGUACAUCCAACAAUUCAACCUUAAGGUCUUCCACCGCCCUGGCAAGUCCAACAAAAUCGCGGACGCCCUGUCAAGACUACCAAGCGCCAAUUCCCCUCACGAGGAUGAUAAUCUUGACGCUCUCCAGGCAGAACCUGAACCAGACCCAACAGAAUCUCGACCGGAGGUCCCUGAGGCUCGACUGAAUGUCCCUGACACUCCCUUGUUGAGUCAGGCGACGCACCGCGAUUCUUAA